AAAGGUAUAAUUAAAUCUAACAAGACAAAGACUUAAAGUACAUGCAAACUAAUUACAGCAUUACAACCUAAUUACUAAUACUCUACAGCAAGUAAAUUUAAUUGUAAAUGAAUUCAGCUACGCAUUCUAAAUAGGAAGCCAGCAUACAUGUCCAUCAUUUUAGUAAAAAAAUUAAUAAGACUGAACAAUAAAAUUGAUAAUAGACCACUGAGGUGAAUUCUUACAGUGUAUGUUUCAACAUAAAGCAAAACUAGCAAAACAAGAACCUUACAGUAUAAAAACUUCUGCAAUUUUGGUAUCUCUUCUGUUCUCUUAAGAAAUUUAUUUAUAGCUGUUGAAAAGCUAUACAACCACAGAUGCAUCAGACAGAAGAAAAUUCACAGGUCUCAACUUUUGCAGACCUAAACAGAGUUUGACUGAUUUGUGAUCAAACCCAUCAUCCUGUGGAGGAAGGAAACGGUCCUGUGUACAUUUCUGGAUGAUUUGUAUAAAACAUUGUAUUUUUUGGACAAUGAGUCUGUUUUCCCUGACGGAUGCCUAGGAUGCGUCAGCUGAAAAUUGCUUCCCCACAAUCCAUCUCCUGACUAGACAGGAGAGAUGUACUCCUGUCACUCAUUUGGUCACUCAUGUCUGGACAUACACUGACACAAUAAUAUUGUAUGUGGGCUUCAGGAACAGAUAGUCAGCUUUGUGGUAGCUCCUGGCACUGAAAAACUGUUAAAUGUCAUUGAAAAGACAAGUUUUCACACAUAAAAUAGCAACUUCUUUUUUUUUUAUUCACAUUGGAAAGUGGGCAGUCCUAAAGAGAACCCCUCCAGCCCCCAAAAAGAGGAAAGCACUAUAUAAGGAUUGCAAGAUGUUUCUGGGCCUUACCUACAUGACCCCAAAGGACUGUUACAAUCACUCUUCCACACUAUCUCAUUUUUUGUCAUUUCCCUAAUGGAGCUGAUCCUGACCUAAUUUUUAAGUUUUUUGUACAGACAAUAUCAUCUUGUCUGAACUUUAAAUGCCCAGCUGCUUUCUGACAUUGUGAAAGAAAAGUGCACACUCUGCAAACCUACUUAUGUCAGAGAGAUAUUGUUCUUAACUGUACUUUCCAGAUUCAAGUGUCACCAUUUUCAUUGCAGCAGUGGAGACAGAACAGCCAUCAGACAGAAAUAUUUCCUCUCAGCAAAGGAAGGUGCCUGCAGCUUGCACAGCUCUGAUCAUUCAUUCAAGAUAUACUGGUAUAAAUGAACAAUUCAACAUGUUUUCUUCAGCCAUCAUCAGCUACCACUGUAGCUCUACCUGUCAUCUACUCCUGCCUAUUCCCUGCUGGAAGCUUUGGAAACAUUCUUGCUGCCUGGAUAUUUUUAAGGAAAGCACCUACAAGGAGAACACAAUACAUUUACCUGGCAAACCUCGUGACUGCAAAUCUGUUUGUAUGCAGCACAAUGCCCUUCCUGGCUGCCUACUUUGCAGGAGGGAAGCGCUGGAGCUACGAGUCCUUGGAAUGCCGGAUAGCACAUCACCUCGGGACUCUGGUCAUGCACGUCUGCAUGUAUGUGACCAUUAUCAUCCUGUGCUCAAUUGCUCUGAGCCAGUAUGCAACGCUGAGGAAGAACUGUGACACACAGUACUCCCAAGCAGUUAACGAAAACUUCUCCAGAUGUUUGCUUCAAGCGUUCCGUCAGCCAAAAUUUGCUAAAUAUUUGUGCAUCGGUAUAUGGCUUACUGUGCUCUGCAUAACAGUAACAGCUAUAACAUAUGAUGUCCAAGCAAAGGCUUUGGAAUACUUUCCCAGCUGCUACAACAUCCAGGUAGAAGCUAGUGAAUUUACUGCAAUGAUUGCAGGUUCUGUUGCCACUGCAUGUUUUUUUGUGUCUUUUAUGACAGUUCUGCGGUCGUACUAUUCUCUUACCAGACAUCUGAAUAACAUUCAAAAAAAUAGCUGUAUCGGAGAAAAACAUCUAAUUUACAGUAAAGUGAAAAGAAACAUUCUUGUCAUCCAGAUGAUAUUAACUGUCUGCUUUCUUCCGUAUCAUAUUUUUAGGCCUCUUUUUUACAUACUGCUCAGACAUAAUGACUGCCCAAGGUUAAACUACUUAGUGGAAAUUAAAAAUUUCCUUACUUGCCUUGCUGCUGCUAAAAGCAGUUUAGAUCCAGUUAUAACCCUUCUGUUAGAUAAAACAUUUAAGAAAAGUCUUUAUGGCCUGUUUACAAAAUCCACACCAGAACACCAAAAACGUGACGUUGAUAUUUUCACUGAAAUGGGAAGGAAUAUGGAAAGAUUUUAGUAACUGUAACUAUCAACAAACUGAUUUUAACUACCUAUG